GUUGACAGUCCACUGUGGUAUGAAAGGACGAUCGAGGGAUCUUUAAACCUGUUCAAAACGCCUGGAAAACGCAAACAUUUGGAAUUAUUUGUGUCAGGACUUCUUAACUGAAUUAAAAGAAGGAAGAAACAGAGGCCUUAUCUAAUUUGAAAGUGUGUAAGCUGUUCUCCAGUCCUUGCUGUCACAAUGGAUUCCUCUCCAGUCCUUCGUCCGCAAAGUCAGAACAAAAUCCGGAGUGACUUUCAGAGGCCGAAGAAAGAACACAACAAAAUGCAAGUUCACCCAAGGCCUUCCAAACUUCAAUCUACACGUCAUCUUUCGGACGAAAAUAUUGAGAACCAAGAUCCGGGAAACUCACCAAUGGGCAAGAAAGCACCUGUGCGUCCAGGUGUUAGUAGGCUCCCAGUACUCGCAAAGUCCCUUCGUCUUCAGACUCCUGUCGACUUCGGUCAAUCUCACAGUAGAUGGGAGGAGAAACCUCUUGCUGGAAAAGCUAAAAAUAAAAGGCCAUGCACCAGGCCCAUUCCUUUCAACCUGACGCAGUCAAAGGGCUCGAGAGUGGCCUCUGAAAAUCAGCAUCCUCUGACACAACCAAGGACAGGCUGUCAUGCUGUCCAACCUGAUAACAAUGCAUGCGAUGGUUAUCUAAAAUCCCAAAACACAAAUGCAAAACCUGCUAAACAUCCAUCCACAUUAAACAGAAAGUUGGAUUCAAAAAAAGGAACGGGGAAUUCUCAUUUUAAGGCUACAGAAAAUACUCCCCAGCUGUCCGGGCAUUCUGUCCCUUCCGUCACAUUUAAGACUUCAAACACUUUGUCCCAGCCUCUAGCAGCAGUUUCUAAUAAUGCUUUGCAUCAGAACCACAGCACUACUUUGUCUGCAAAGUCUACUUAUAGUGCAGAGACCUGUUUGGAUAACAUGAACCUGCUAAGCCUUAAGGAUCCGACCAUUUCAUCCAAUUCUAGCCAGAACAUGCAGCUGACUACGCAGGGCAACUAUUCUAAAAGUUUAACCGAAAAAGGGGAGAACUUCCAGUCUGACCACGCCGCUUUACUAAGUAUCCUCCGAAAUGAGGGAGUAAGCGCACCAUGUUUGGGAUCUGCAACUCCACAGUCUAAAGCCUAUAACUAUGUGCCCCAGCGAGUGUCUAUCAUGACUCGACAAAAAGUUGGACCAACUACUGGAUCAGUGAAGUCGGUGCAGUUCUCCCCGGACCCCGCUGCACUGCAGAGUAUCCUGCUGAACGAGGGAGUCAAGGCUGAAGGGCCUUUCGGUGCCACACCUCAACACCCAGUCCGUCCAUCAGGCAGAGGCACUUCAGUCUACACUGCUCAGAGAGUCCCGCUUAGAAAGAAUCAUGCAGAAGGUGGACCAGUAGCUGUUUUAUUCUCCUCAGUUGCACUAAAUGAAACUCCACUUAAAAAAUGGACGCCACAGAGAGUCCGGGACAUCAGGCAUCAGCCCAUGUCUGCUAUGAGAUGGCAUAUGUCACUGUCAACUCAACAGUCACCAUACGGCAGCACUCCUGGGUUGCGGAGCUGCAAGACCAACCUUCAGCCACGCCAAGAGGAAAUUGUCCAGAGAUUAUUUGAUGAUCAAGAGGACCAGCAGAGUGUGACGGUGAAGGAUCCUGAGACACAAGCAAAGCAGCUCCCAGGUCAAGAUACAACUGUAGAACACGAACGGAAGAAUAAACCCCUCUGUGAAGGAAAGGUAGAGACAGGAAGGGAAGUGAGCAGCGUCGAGGAUGGUGAUGAGGAGGAGGAGAAAGAACAAAGGAAAAUUGGAGAGCAGCCAUUCUUCCAAGCACCACAUAGAGAGUCGGUCAUUUUUUUCUCAACGGGAAGAAAGCUGCUAAGAGCCCCCCGUUUUGAGAAGGAAGAUAAGUCGGCCCAUCAGGAGCAGCACGGCCCGGUUUCAUCAGCGCAGAAAAAGAUGCUGCCAGUGAGUGAGGAGAGGCCGUGCAUUCCAGAACCAACCAAUCAUAUCGUCCUUGCUGUUCAGAGCCUGCAAAGAGAAGUGAUUGUUCAGAAAACCUGUCCUAAGAGUCCUGCAGUGGCAAUGCUGCGAAAGCGUCUCCCUCAGCUGGAGGAGCUGCGUUUGGACGAGGAGGUGUCCACCUACACAUCGGUGGCUGUGCAGGCUGCUCUGGGCUUUUUGCCUCCUCGGCCCCGCUGUGGAAACCCACUGGCCUCCACCCUGCACUUUGAAGAGUUAUCUACAUUUGUUCCUAUCAGCUGCAGUCUCAUGUCUGGCCCUUCUUCUCCACAAUGCUCUCCACUGCAGGAGAGAUGAUUGCACUACAACUGCACCAUAUGUUCUACCCUUACUGCCAAUUUCCUCCUACUCCAUGCUCGCCCUGGUCCAUCAGCGCCGCACUUUAUGCCGUCUUAUGCCUGUUUCCACAGCGAGAGCGCCGCGGUCCGUCUCAGGAGCGGGCCAGCAGCGCCACUACUUUGCUUCCUUUCAAAACUGUGCGAGUCUAUUUUAAAUGGAGCACGCAACAGCUGGACACAGAGCAUCCGGUCAAUUUCAAAAUAAAACACUAUAUACAGACUCAA